AUGGUUGUUUUUUGUUUUGUUUUUGAGGCUCACUUGUGGACCAGAUAUUUCCAUCACCUAAUUGGCUUCUGGGUUUUGCUGUUUACCAGGCACUCCAGGAAUAGGAACUAUAAGGCUGAAUUUGCAACAUGCCGGCUAGAGACUGUGCCAUUGGAGUUCGGAGACUAUCACCCACUGAAACCUAUAACUGUCACAGAGUCCAAGACUAAGAAGGUGAGCCGGAAGGGAAGCACCUCUUCCACGUCCUCAUCCUCCAGCUCCGUGGUGGACCCGCUAAGCAGUGUGCUGGAUGGAACCGAUCCCCUCUCUGUGUUUGCAGCCAGUGCUGACCCCGUGGCCACGGCAGCUGUCAAGGACAGCUCCAGGAAGAAAGGUGAUAGAGACCAGAACUCCGUUGUAGGAUUGGAUUUUGAGCCUUGGACCAGCAAGCGAGGAGAAAUCCUUGCCCGGUACACGACCACGGAGAAGCUCUCCAUCAAUCUGUUUAUGGGCUCUGAAAAAGGCAGAGCCGGGCCUGCCGCGUUCGCAGUGUCGGAGAAGGUUCGGACCAGGCUGGAAGAGCUGGAUGACUUUGAGGAGGGAUCCCAAAAGGAACUGUUGAAUUUGACUCAGCAGGAUUAUGUGAAUCGCAUAGAGGAGCUUAACCAGUCGCUGAAGGAUGCCUGGGCCUCGGACCAGAAGGUGAAGGCUCUAAAAAUAGUCAUCCAGUGCUCAAAGCUUCUCUCGGAUAUAAGUGUCAUUCAGUUCUACCCAAGCAAGUUUGUCCUCAUCACGGACAUACUUGAUACCUUUGGAAACCUCGUGUACGAGCGCAUCUUCUCCAUGUGCGUGGGUGACCGCAGCGUGCUUCCAGAUAAAUUCUCUCCAGAGAAUGUAAACGACACGGCCAGAGAAACAUGCUUAAACUGGUUUUUCAAGAUCGCUUCCAUCAGGGAGCUCAUUCCAAGAUUUUAUGUGGAAGCAUCCAUCCUGAAGUGUAACAAGUUCCUCUCCAAAAUGGGUAUCUCAGAAUGUCUGCCCCGCCUGACCUGCAUGAUUCGAGGGAUCGGAGAUCCGCUGGUGUCGGUGUACGCCAGGGCCUAUCUGUGCCGGGUAGGCCCUCAUGGCUGCGCUCCCAAAGUGGCAGCCUCCCGUCUCCUUCAUUGUUGGCAUGGGCUUCUAUUUUCUUUUUUUUCCAGUCAUCAUUUAUCCCCCCUCUACCCUCUUCCACCUCCACCCACCCCCUUACCACUACAGUCACUACAAUUGACUUGUUCCUGUCCAUGAGUUCCUUCACUGUUUUUCUUUUUUUUUUUUGCUCAGUCCCUC